CGUGGCUAAGCAAGAUCAAGUUCAAAGAGGGAAACGAGAUCUUGAACGUCACGCUGGAUAUUUUAACCGAACAAGAUGGCGGAUUACAGUGGACGGAGAAAUCAGGAUUUCUUGGGGACAAAUCAUAUAAAUAACAGUUUUGACGAAGAUAUUACCGGUGUAGAGGAGGUGCCACUGUCCCGUGCUUCUCAAGAUUCAAGCAGGAUGGACAGAGUUUCUCCGUGCAAGGUGGAGGAAGAUCUCAAACCCGAGGAGGAAGAGCUAGUCACAGAAGGAGCUCGGCCUAUACAGAUAGUUGUUGCAAAUGAGGAGGACCAUAAAUUUGAAUUAGAUGCUGGAGCAUUGGAAAAGAUCCUAAUGCAAGAUCAUAUCAAAGACCUCAACGUGGUUGUGCUCUCUGUGGCUGGUGCUUUUCGCAAGGGAAAAUCCUUCCUGCUAGACUUCAUGCUUCGCUAUAUGCACACACAGUCAUCUGAGUCAUGGAUGGGAGGAGAUGAUGAGCCUCUAACAGGUUUCUCCUGGCGGGGUGGUUGUGAGAGAGAGACAACAGGAAUUCAAGCCUGGAGUGAAGUAUUUGUGGUGGAAAAGGCUGAUGGUAGUAAGGUUGCCGUCCUGCUGGUUGACACUCAGGGAGCUUUUGACAGUCAGUCCACUAUUAAAGACUGUGCUACAGUUUUUGCCCUCAGCACUAUGACCAGCUCCAUGCAGGUUUAUAAUCUUUCCCAGAAUAUUCAAGAAGAUGACCUGCAGCAUCUUCAGCUUUUUACAGAAUAUGGUCGCUUGGCACUAGAGGAAGUCUAUGAAAAGCCAUUUCAGAAACUGCUGUUUCUAAUCAGAGAUUGGUGUUAUCCCUAUGAGCAUGAGUAUGGACUUGAUGGAGGGAAUCGUUUCUUGGAACGGCGACUACAGGUGAAGCAGAACCAGCAUGAAGAGCUACAGAACGUGAGGAAGCAUAUCCACUCAUGUUUCUCAAGCAUAGACUGUUUUCUGCUGCCUCACCCAGGAUUGAAGGUUGCGACUAAUCCCUACUUUGAUGGGAGACUGAGAGAUAUUGACAGUGAUUUUAAGAAAGAGCUACAGAACCUGGUGCCUUUACUACUUGCCCCAGAGAACCUGGUGGAGAAGGAGAUUAAUGGGGCCAAGGUGACUUGCAGAGACCUACUGGAGUAUUUCAAGGCAUACAUCAAAAUCUACCAAGGAGAGGAACUCCCUCAUCCAAAGUCCAUGUUGCAGGCAACUGCUGAAGCAAACAACUUGACAGCUGUGGCUGGGGCUAAGGACACGUACAGCCGGACCAUGGAGCAGAUAUGUGGUGGAGACAAACCAUAUAUUGCACCAGUUGACCUCCAGCGCUAUCAUGAUGAGGUGAAGCAAACUUCUAUGAAGCAGUUCCGUGCCAUUAAGAAAAUGGGAGGAGUUGAGUUUAGCCAGCGGUACCAGGAACAGCUGGAAUCUGAGCUUGAUGAAGUGUAUGCUAAUUUCAUCAAGCACAAUGAAAGCAAGAACAUUUUCUAUGCAGCACGAACACCUGCAACUUUGUUUGCUGUCAUGUUCGUCGCUUACAUAGUCUCCACAGUAACAGGGUUCAUUGGCAUAUCAGUGAUCGCUGCUCUGGCCAGCCUUGUGAUGGGAGUGUCCUUGAUGUCACUGUGUGCAUGGGCGUAUGUGAGAUAUUCGGGUGAAUAUCGAGAAGUGGGCGUGGCUAUAGACCUUACAGCAGAAGCCUUGUGGGAGCAGGUGCUGAAGCCUUUGACUGAGCAAUAUAUGGAGGAAAAUAUCCGCCAGUCUGUAGUUAACUCUAUAAGAGCCAGUCUAACUGAGCAAGUGACACAAACUACAAAGUUAAAAACUAACUGACAGUGUGUUAAAUCUCCCCUCUCUCUCUUGUUCAGUGUGUACAGAAAUGUUUUUGCACAGUUUUAUUGUGUACUCUUUUACCCUUAGGUUGAAAAAUUAAAACCAAAGUUUACAACCCAGACUAGUUAUGAUGUACACUUUUAGUGAGUGUCUGAAAUUUCACCAAUAUAACACAACAUAAAACACAUGCAUACCUCUCUCUGUUUUUCUCGUUCCUUUUUGUAGUCCUAAAAACAAUCAACCAGUUUUAGUUCCUUUUAGAAUGAUUCCUUCAUUUUUGUGUUUAAAUAUACAUUUUGUCUUAUUUGAAUCUUGCUGACUACAGGAAUGCUACAGCAGUACAACGUCUGCUCGCUACAGAAUCAUGUUUAAAAACCGUCUCCUUCAGCAAACGCACUACCCACAGAAUUUAAAGCCAUUCUGAACGGCCAUCUACGUUUGAAAUUGUAUCAUAACUACCAGCAUGUAUUCAAACACAUCUGCUCACUGCCACGGUUCUCAUCACAUCUUGCACAACCGUACACUGAAAUUUGUUUGGAUAACUUGGUGUUGUCUGCCUUUUAAGGAUGCAUUGUAAUUUAUUUUUAAGUGAUUAAAAAUAUUUAAAUAUC